CAGCGAAAUGUGGUGGCAAGAGUUACACAGUUGUACACUGGUGCAUACGCAUAGCCUUAGGUCUGACCCCCUGCUGUAAUCGCGAUGACCCAAUUGAGGCACUUUAACCUUGAACGUUUGCGAAAUUCUUGUACAGAAACUUUCCUUGCGCUACUCAAUGUAUAGCAGAUUGCUUGAAAAAGAAAUGGAUCAAAAUAAAGUUGACCUUGAAGAGUUCUGACAAAGGUCACUGUCUAAUGUCGGGAGUGCAAGUAACAUGGAUGUAUGAUUGACAGAAUCCUAAGAUUAAAGAAGCAUGGCAUUGAUGGGGACAGUGAUCAUGGCGUUUCUUCUGCAUAGCACACCAAGUAUUCUUAAAGACACAGAAGUGGCAGGUAAUGUUUUUGAUGUGUGUGCGACAUGCCAUCCCAACGCCACCUGUGAACUGAAGACAGAUGGAAGUGGGGGAUAUGCCUGUAACUGCAUGUAUGGCUUUGUCGGCAAUGGAAGAACUCAUUGUGAAGACAAGGACGAAUGCCAGAUUGGUGCAAACUUCAUCUGUGGGGAUCACACAGCCUGUCACAACACCCAUGGAAGCUACUAUUGCACCUGUCUGUCAGGAUACACUCCCACCAACAAGAUGCCCGUUUUCAUUCCCAACGAUGGCACAUAUUGUCAAGAUAUUGACGAAUGUCAGGUUCAAGGUGUCUGUGGUGAGGGUGGUCUGUGUAGAAACACUGACGGAAAUUUCGAGUGUGAAUGUCAGAUCGGGUACCGUGUGAAGGAUGGAACUGUUCCGUUUCACCCUAACCGAGAAAAGGCCUUUUGUGAAGCUGUUGACUGUGGACCUCCACCUUCAGUCCCGCAUGCUGUCCGGCUCUCAGUGCCGCACACUCGUUAUAGGAGCGUCGUCACCUAUGGCUGUCAGACGGGCUUCCUAUGGCAAAGAGGGGACAACUCAUCCCUUUGCACGUCACAAGGGAGAUGGAAAGGCCCGAGUCUUAUUUGUGAAGAGGUCGACUGUGGUGAGCCCCCUGCUUUACCGCACUCUAGUUUUAUCUGGAAACAGCAGGCUAGAAACACCAGGAUGGGAGCUGAGGGGCAUUAUGAGUGUGAGGUGGGCUUUCGUCAUGUUGGACCUGCAUGCAUAACGGUUUGCACAGCUGGUGGGUUCUGGAGCCACCCCAGCCCACCCCAGUGUGAAGAAAUAGUGUGUGACAAGCCUCCUGCUGUACCUAAUUCACAUAUCUUGUGGAACAGAAACACCAGUGUUGGUACUAGCGUGUUUUAUGAAUGUGCGGAGGGAUAUCACAAAACGGGUACUGGCAACAUGUCAGUCUGUACUGAAAACGGAUUAUGGAGUAAAGUAACAUUCACGUGUGAAGUAAUGACCUGUGGAGAUCCACCUGUGCUGCCACACACUGGACAGGUGUGGAAUGGCACCACAACUGUUGGCAGCAGUGUUCUAUAUUACUGUAAUGGAGCGUUUUAUUAUGUGACAGGAACUAAUGUUUCUGAAUGCAAUGCUGACGGUAACUGGACAAAAGCAACUGUAACUUGUAAAGAGAUUGACUGUGGUGUUCCUCCUGUCUGGCCACACUCACACAUGUUGUGGACUAAAGCCAGCCAGAUGGGAGCUAAAGUGUUUUAUGAGUGUGAUGUAGGAUAUUAUAAUGCAGGACCUGGAAAUGUCUCAGCUUGUACGGUUGAUGGUGUAUGGAGCCCACCAUACAUAGUCUGUCAAGCAGAAAUCAGUUGCGGCCCACCCCCAGGCAUAGCUCACGCUGACAUGCAAUGGGACAACACAAGCGGAUUGGGGAGUGUAGUUCAGUAUACAUGUAAACAUGGCUUUUACCAGGAAGGGUCGCAAAGCUUUUCGACUUGUACCUCUAGUGGAGAGUGGGAAAAUGCCGCCAUUCAAUGCAAAGAGAUUAAUUGUGGUGUCCCUCCUAAAUGGCCACACACUCAUGUGCCGUGGACUAAAGACACUCGUAUGGGAGCUAAAGUAUUUUAUGAGUGUGAUGUAGGAUAUUAUAAUGCAGGACCUGGAAAUAUCUCCGUUUGUACGGUUGAUGCUGUAUGGAGCCCACCUAAUGUAGUUUGCAAAGCGCGGUGUGGGCAUGUGCCUGAGCUGGCCCAUGCAGAGCUGGUGUGGGAUAAUGAGAGCAUGGCCAUUCACCGCUGUGCCGAUGGAUACUACGCCCACGGCGGACUCAACGUAUCUACGUGUGGGGCCGACGGGAGCUGGCAGGCUGCAACCCUGCAGUGCAGAGAAAUCAGGUAUGGAAUCCGUCAGUUGAAAGUUUUUAAUGAAAGAUGUCUGCGCUGGCUCUCUGAUGGCAAAAAGGAGGAUUACAGGGUUAUAUUUGUCGGCCAUAGAGACUAUCAAAAGUCAUUUGUUGAUAAAAGGAGGACUGCCUUCAGCUCUCCAGAUCUUAGGCCUGAUGUCUGCUUGAAACUGCUGCCAGCUACAAACUACACCAUCAACAUCAUGGCUGUACUAGCCAAUUCCUCCACUGUUAUCACAGCCAACACCACAAUCCCAGCUGCCCCAGUACCAGAGGUCAUGUUUAGGGAUGUUGAGGGACCACUGCCAACUCUUUGGGUGUAUCGGUCCCACCACACUCUGGAUCCAAUCUGUCUGUACGAGGUGUUUGUGCUACCAGUAGAGGGCACUCUGGUGUUUGACUGCAACUCCCCCAAAAGUCCACAUUUCCUCAAAGACCGCAGUUGCCAUGGUGAAUAUGUGGCAGCCCAGAUCCGAGUCAGAGAUGUUGUAAAUGUGCUGAACUUCACUGUGGGGGAUGAACAACACUAUGGAGAGUUUUACAAUGCUCCGCUAGAGAAUGGUAGAGAUUACUACAUCAUAUUGAGGACUACAUGUCGGUGGGGACAGAGCAGUAAACACUCAUGUGUCUUAUGGGCAAAGGCAAGGGGGACAUCCUACAGGAUGAGGAUGUCAGCUCUUGUGGCUGGCGGAACCAUUGCAUUCUUUGGCUUUGCUGUUCUUAUAGGAUAUUUCUUUACUGGAUAUUUAAAAAAAUGAUUGCCAGUCCCAUGAAUGAAGACUGUACCUCAUGUUUUUAGAUGUUCCGGUUGAAAUGUUUUUUUAUUAUUUUUUUAAUGCAUUUUUAAAUAAAUAAAGAAACAAACAAAUGUU